UUUCUGUUGCCCACUCAAAACUCUUGAGCCCCCAGCUCAAUGAAAAAAUCCAUGGCAACACCCUUGAAUGCCUGUGCCUCCUCACAAAACCAAGCCACCAACACCCAAAGAGCCUCUGAUAGCACACACCCAAAUGGCCACCCUCACUGGUUUUCACCAGAAACAGGCAUCUACAGCAGCACAUAUCCUUCCCUACCCAUUCCAUCAGACCCACAUCUUGAUAUAGUCUCCUUCAUUUUCUCAAAAAACCAUAAUGGGGUCUCAGCUCUCACUGAUUACUCGUCCGGGUUUUCCAUAUCUUACUCACAGCUGCACCCACUGGUGAAAUCCAUGGCCUCUGGUCUGCACCAGAUGGGCUUUUCACAAGGUGAUGUAAUUUUGCUUCUGUUGCCUAAUUCCAUUUACUUUCCUGUUAUUUUCUUGGCUGUUCUGUCUCUUGGUGGAAUUGCAACAACCAUGAAUCCUCUAAGCAGUCUCAGUGAGAUCAGGAAACAAACAGUUGGUUGUAGUUUGAGUCUGGCCUUUACUGUGCCUGAGACAUCGGAGAAACUUGAAGCAUUAGGUGUUCCUGUCAUUGGAGUACCAGAAAAUGGGAGUUUCAAUUCCAAAUCCAAGGAAUUUUCUACUUUCCAUUGGCUAAUUUCUGGUGACCCGGAUUGUUGUCCUAGGCCUGUGAUUAAUCAGCAUGAUGUGGCAGCAAUAAUGUACUCGUCUGGUACUACGGGUUCAACUAAAGCUGUUGUUCUAACGCAUGGGAAUUUCAUAGCUAUGGUUGAGACUUUUGUUCGAUUUGAAGCUUCGCUGUAUGAGAACUCGGGGUCGGAGAAUGUUUACUUGGCUGUUUUACCAAUGUUCCAUAUUUAUGGGCUGUCACUUUUUGUGACGGGGUUGAUAUCAUUGGGCUCUGCUAUUGUUGUGAUGAGGAAGUUCGAUGCUAAUGAGAUGGUGAAAGCCAUUGAUCGAUACAGAGUAACGCAUUUUCCCGUCGUCCCACCAGUAUUGAUGGCAUUGAUAAAGAGUGCUAGGGCUGCUGGAGCUCGCUGUUUUGGGAGUUUGAAACAGGUUUGUUGUGGAGCUGCUCCUUUGACUCAGAAAAGCAUACAGGAAUUUGUGCAGACUCUGUCACAUGUUGAUUUGAUUCAGGGUUAUGGAAUGACUGAGUCCACAGCAGUAGGAACUCGUGGGUUCAAUACAAAGAAGCUUCGGAAUUAUUCUUCAAUAGGCCUUUUGGCUCCAAACAUGCGAGCCAAAGUGGUGGAUUUGAGCAGUGGUUCUCUAUUGCCUCCUGGAAACUGUGGGGAGCUAUGGCUACAAGGACCUGGUAUAAUGAAAGGAUAUUUAAAUGAUGAGGAAGCAACGAUUUCAACAAUUGAUAAAGAAGGUUGGCUACACACUGGAGACAUUGUUUCGUUUGAUCAAGAUGGGUACUUGUAUAUGUUUUCUCGUAUAAAAGAGAUUAUCAAAUACAAGGGUUUUCAGAUUGCUCCUGUUGAUUUGGAGUCUAUAUUGAUAUCACAUCCAGAAAUAAUUGAUGCUGCGGUGGCUGGGGUUGGGGAUGAGGAGGCUGGGGAGGUACCAGUUGCAUUUGUAGUUAAGAGACCUGGAAGUGCUCUUUCUCAGGCAGCUAUUAUUAACUAUGUCGAGAAACAGGUUGCACCAUACAAGAAGGUGAGAAAGGUUAUAUUCACACACUCCAUACCCAAGUCUGCAGCUGGGAAGAUCCUCAGAAGGGAACUAAAGCACUUAUUGAUGAUUUCUAGAAUUUAAGCUCUCUCUCUCUUUUUGUUGUUGCGGACAGGGGUAUAGGCCGGAGCCUUUAGAGCCAAAUUAACUUCAUUAUAGAGAUUAUUUAUUUUAAGUUCAAUUUUGAUGGACCCAUAAAGGGAGAAAUAAAGGACACAUCCCACGAUUUUUCAA